CUCGUUUCCCUACGGCUUAGGGGCUGUACGUACCCUCCUGCCCCAGGGCCUGCGCGGGGGGAGCUCUGCUGGGCCUCAGCCGCGGGCCUUGCUCCCCCUACACCGCUCCCCUCAGCAUCCUGCCGGUCCCCCAGCCUGCUGCUGACUCUUGCUGCUGUGCCCAGUCUCUCCCCCGAGGGCUCAGGAAGGGCUGGCAGAGCUCAGCUCCCGCCCAGGUGAUCUGGCCUGGACGCAGGCCUCCCCUCUCGGGGAUGCUGCACCUGCAUCGUGCCUCAGCUCAAAGGCUGCCCACGGUUGUUUGCUGGGUUCCUGGAGCACAGCUCCCUUUCUGUGUGUGCGGGAAGGAGCGACAGUGUUGGAAAAAGGUGCUGGGAUAUAACCAUGGAAACGGCAAGCCUCCACAGAGCUGCCUCUGUCUGCAUGGCAAAGGGCUGUCCGCACCCGCUGUCUGCCAGCGUGGUUCUGACGUGGCAGUCAUCUGCUUCGGGGACAAAGGAGUGGUUCAUCCUUCAGCGCUUCUUUCCACGGGGCCGCUUAAACAUUGAUGCAGGAAUUCUGCGCCUGACUUCCACUUGGGAUGUGGCAUUUCUUAGAAGGCUUUAGUAAGAUUAACUCAGUGUUUUGAUGACCUAUGACCAUGUAGAAAUUACCUUCAGUGAUCUGGAGCCGAUGCCAGAGGCCUUCAAGGGGACCAAGAAAGGGAGCGUUUUCCUGACUCCCUACCGGGUUAUCUUUGUGUCGAAGGGGAAGGAUGCUAUGCAGUCAUUCGUGAUGCCCUUUUACUUAUUGAAGGAUUGUGAGAUCAAGCAGCCAGUGUUUGGAGCAAAUUACAUCAAGGGCACAGUGAAAGCAGAGGCAGGAGGUGGCUGGGAAGGAUCUGCCACAUUCAAGAUGACCUUUUCAGCUGGGGGUGCAAUUGAAUUUGGGCAGCGGAUGCUGCAGGUGGCAUCACAAGUCUCCAGAGGUGAAAUACCCAGUGGAGCUUAUGGCUAUUCCUACAUGCCAAAUGGAUCCUAUGCUUUUGCACCCCCUGCAGCUAACGGGGGCUAUCCAUACCCACCUCCUCCUCCAGACUUUUAUCCUGGUCCUCCUAUGGCAGAUGGAGGCAUGGGCUACAUGCAGCUUCCACCCCCACCAUACCCAGGGCCCAUGGAACCCCCUGUCAGUGGCCCGGACCUGCCCUCCACUCCUGCAGCUGAAGCCAAGGCUGCUGAAGCUGCUGCCAGUGCUUACUACAGCCCAGGCAACCCCCACAAUGUCUACAUGCCCACGGACCAGCCACCCCCUCCUCCAUACUUCCCACCAGAGGACAAGAAAAACCAAUAAGCUGACAGAGAACUUCUCCACGACUCUCAUUGCUUUCUUUUUUUCCAUUUUGGCAGAAUUCUGGGGCACGGUCCAUAGCACUGAGGAGUAGAGCCUUCCCCCAAGGCACACUGCUUUCAGGGGCUCUAGUACUAGGUCUGUGCAGAGCAAGGGGAGGGAUGUUGGCAGCCUGGCUCACCUCUGGAGCUCUGAGGGUUUGCUGUCCUGCAGCAUUCCCUCCUCCCUUUGUGCAGCAUCGCUACACCUGGGGGUUCUCUUCAUCUGUGACUGCUUCCCUUAGCUCUGUUUCUUUUGAUACUUAAAUUAUACCUCUUUAGAGUCAGCAUCUGCUCUAAACUGCUAAUUAACAUGAUCAUGACAUGGAAACAAGGCCCUUGGACAUGGUGGGUGUCUUGAAUUUACCUGAGUGUGCAUCCAAGAGCACCUCUGGACACAGGGAUGCCUCUGGUUAUUCCUUUUAAUCCAGAGUGUCACGUCCAGCUCUUUGCUCUUGAGAAAGGGCUUCAAAGGAAACCUUUGGGAUCUCAAAGGAAAUACACACCUGUGGCAUUUUUCAGAUAUAUAUUCAACUUUCUUGGGUUUCUUUGUUUUUAGUCAUUCCUGACAAUCAUAGUGAGUAAUCUGGUAGCCCUUCAGAUUUCCCUGCUGUGCGCCAUGUAUGACAGUGCUGACCAACUUCCCUUCCUCAGACACACUGCUCUUCACAGGGUUCUCCAGUAGCAUCUGACCAGUUUAGAUCCCAUGGGAACACUAAUAUUUCUGUUGUCUCUAUUUUCCAGUUAGAUAUGUGAGUUCAUGGAAUAGUCUCCUCAUAGUCUGUAACGCACUUUUGUUUUUCCUUUGUUGUAACACAAGUUACACUUUUUGGCCAGUGAAGCAUCUUCCUGCUGUGAUUUACCUGGUGAAUUAACAGCUAAUGGGCAGAAAGCAGUUGACUUCUGCCCUGGAAGCACUUGAGAGAAUAUGCAAAACAUUGGAAUAAGCUGUAAGGUCCAAAGUGUUGUUUAUUGCUGUUUGUGUUCCUGGUCCAGCUGUGAAUUCCCAGUCACCUGAACGCAGACUCCUCAUAGCAUUGAUUCCUUGGUCUCAUUAGCAACAACUCCAGGACUGAUCAGAAUCUGGGCUAUGAAACUUUUGUGCUGUUCAAAGCUUUGCACAAGUCACACUUUGCUGACUUCUGACAGCUGGGAGAGAAAAUCCUUCCCAGCAAAGUGUGACAGAGGAUUCUGUGCUAGGGAACUGCUGAGACUUGCUGCAUGCAGCCUGCUCGGAGAGAAAAAAGGUCCACCUCUUGUUUUCUUUUUGUUUAAGUUUAGCUGAUUAAUGAAAUUGCUACUGUUUGUGCACUGACUUUUCUAGAAUUGCUACUGCGGUGAUGUAAAGAAAUGGUUAUUUUAAAAAAAUAUUUAUUUUGAAAGCAUUUGAUUAAUAUAUUAAUGUGAAAUGACUUCUGAAUGCAGAUCUGUUUUGCUAAGACUGUGAAGUAAAGAGAAAUGAGCUCAAAA